AUGUUGAUGGUCGCAAACUACCGCCAAUACGUCCUCCUGCACGAAGUCCUACUGACUUAUCUACUCAAGGAGUUGGAUAUCUCGGUAGUGGGCGCGUCGGAGAAGGGUCAGGCCACCAGUUUGGGCCCGAGCACGCCAAUGACAACGCAGACCUCGACCAACACGACCACGACGGCGGGGACAAGCAGUAGCAGCGCCGGGCCAACGGGGCGGGUCCCUGGCACUCCCGAGAUUGGCGGGCUGAGCAGCAACGACGAGCAUGUGCCCAAGCCCGGCCAUCCGUCCGCCUUGCGCGCCCGCGGGAGCCCCUCGCACGAACCGACCAAGGAAGCCAGCACAGACAGCAUCGGCCCGUCCGGCAUCCUGCGCUGCCACUCGCCCUCCGUCGCCUCCUCUGCCACUUCCACCCUGCCCUCACACUCGGAAUCUUCCAAGGCCUCGUCUGACCUCGACAUUGACCCGCUCGGUCUCCCGCCAAUCUCUCCGCCGCGCUGUCUGCUGGUGACUACUUCUUCUAGACUUCCCCCGCUUUCUCUGAUGGCUGCUGCUGAUUGUGUUGAAGGUUGCUUAUUCGGAAAUGGGGAGCAAACUGGAUCUGCUGAUCCUAAUGAUACUACCAAGAGUAGUGCGAGUCCCAAUUCUAAAGAAACCAACGGAAAACAGCUUUCCUAA